UGGAUUGACCUGGUUCUUCCGUUUGAAAAAUGGGGGGAUGUGGUUCUAAGGAAAAAACCCGUUCAAGUGGCAACACCAACAGAAGCAACGUGAACACUGGAGUGAGUCGGGACUACAACUAUGCGGAUGAUAUCAGAGUGGAGUCCAUCAAUCGGUACGAUGAGCAGAUCGUGAACAUUAUCAGGAGGGACCUUCGAGAAAACCCUCAAGUGUUUCUUCUCAAUAAUAUCUUCAUGGCCACGCAAUUUUUUGAAAAUUUCCAAAGGGAUGUAUAUAAGUUAACCAACUCCACCGCCACCACCGUAGAGAAAGAACUGAAUCGCAGGCUGUUGAAGCAUGAAACAAUGGAAUGUACGAGUCCGGACAUAGUCUUCGACAAGGUGAACAAAAAUGUACGAUUUAGGCCUCUACACGGGCCCAAGAAACAUUCUUCAGAACCCUUGGCCACUAAAAGACUAUAUGUGAUAAAUGACACGAUAGAAGUUGUGAAUUCUAUGGACAUACCACAGUACACCUCCAUAGACAAACCCGCCUACCAAGUGAGGACAGAAGAGUCUAAAAGGAAAGGUUUUCUAAGAUUAAAACAGAUCGACACUAAUAAACUGCCCAAACAAGAAACGUAUAUAACAGUACAUCCAGGCUCAGCAGGUCCAUCAACUGCCUCAACCGAUUCUGAUAUUUACGACUACACAACCAUCACAGAUAUAAAAACUCCAAAACCUUUAGACAUAAUCUACAAUCCCGAGAGACGAGAUACUUUGCCGGGAACUUGCUUUUCCGCGAGAAAAGUGAAAAAAAGCUCGACAGAAGUAUUCUCGGAAAGCGAUGAAGAAAACGAAGAGGAAGAAGAAGUUUCCGAAGAAGACUUUUACGAUACGGUGACGUAUAUUGACUCCAAGGGGUUCAUGAACUACUUUAAGAACGCCCUUUUCCCCAAUUCUCUAGGAAGAGCCUUAGGAUUCGACGAAUUAGCCAUCAGCGAAGCUAAUUCCAUACCGGGGAAGAUAUUUUGUAAUUUAACAGAUGAAGAUGACAAUCCAAUUCCUUGUGAGGUUAUACCCUCAGUAGCCAUUGAGUGGCCAGCCGAACAGACUUUCGAGUUCAUCAUGAGAGAAGAACGACCGACUAUAACAGAUCGAAGAACUGGUUACAGAUACAGGUGGCCCACUGACGAUAUGUUAAAAGAGAUAAAGUCCUUGAACUGCGUUUUGGUUCCAAAGGGUUAUUGGUCGAAGAAAGGAAACUAUCAGGACGCCAACAUAGAAUGGGAGAUAGCUUUCCCCAAGGCGGAGAGAUACAUAGAAACUAGAAUGUCCCACGCGCAGAUUCGCUGCUUCCUCUUCCUCCUCAGCAUUCACAAAACCUUCAUUGAACCUGUAUCUCUCCAACACGGUUUACUUACCGAACACAUACGAUGUCACAUGUACUGGGAGUGCGAAUCUAACUACAGGGAUUGGCCGGAGCACAGAUUAGGAACAAAACUGUUAAAAGUAAUAACUAAUCUCACCAACCGUUUGUCCAAAGGUGUCCUGCCCGACUACUUCAUCAAGCAGAAGAACCUCUUAGAGAACAUUCCUAAAAAGUAUCUCCAGUUCGCGCAAAGGAUUUUUCAUGACGUUCUUCAAUCGCCUGCAGUCUACUUCAUGAGAGCCUUGAGGAAUUUGCGGUACACCAGCGGUAAGUUUUAUCUACCCUUGGACCACAAAGAGCUAUACAAGAUCGUAGCGCAAAGUCAAGGUAUAAAAAUCAUCAAUCCUAACCUGUUGUCGACUGGUCCUCCUAACUUGAGGAGAAAAAAGUACAAUGAUCCGGAUUUGCAAUGGAAACAUAUUCAGGAACUGAGGACCAAAGAGAAAGUGCUCAAGAAAAAAUUCGAUAAGAAUCCCGACAAGCCCGAAGAGAAGAGGGAUUCGAUAGAUUCUAUAGAUUUGACGUUGACGUGCGAGAAGCAGUUUGAUAUAUACAAGAUCAAAGCCAUCCUCCAACUGUUCAUCAACAGCUUCAUUGACAUAGCCAAGACGAGCUUAAGAAUCAGCAACAAAGACCAAACGCUCUUCUACCUGAAACAAGCCUGGUAUCUCACUAAAAUCCUGGAGGAUACCGCGUCAGGUUUUGCUGUGGAAGUGCGCGAAUAUAAAGAAACCAUCGCCAGAGAGGAAGAGGCGUGCAAGAAGAUGGCGGCGAAGGAAAUUUCAGAUAUCCCACCAAAUACUCCUAUGAGGAACUCUGUGCAAUUCGAUUUCACCUUUCAACAACAGGUCAAGAACAACUUGGUGAAUUUGAACAAUUUGAACUCUACUUUCAACGGUACUGCCCCGCUGCAGAAGACUCAGUCCUUUCAGCAUAUUAAGAAGGAAAGGUUGAAGGUUGUGGAAGUGAACGGGAACGUGCCUAGGAAGAGUGUGGCCUUUAUAGAAGCCAAAUAAGGUAAACUACGUUUUUGUGACAUUUCUUCCCCAUGAUAGACUAUAAGUAUAAAAGUAUGAAUGAUUCGAAGGGAUUGUUAAAUCUUACACUGAAAGAAAUGCGUUUUAUUCUUUAUUAGAAUUCUAUAUACCAUUAUAAGACCAUUGUAUACUAUAUGUGAC